ACAAUGUGGCUGUUGAUUGUCUUGGUCUGGCUGGUGAUAUGGGCCGGAGGCACAUACUGGUACCUGUUUGGAAAACCGAGCCCUUUCUCCCUGGAGUCAGUGAGACCUCCUGGACCUCGUGAGUUUGAUCAGAAGAAGCGGGACAAAGUUAUCAAGCAAGGUUUCAGUCCUGACAAGGUGCCUCAGAAAAUGGAUGUCAUUGUCAUCGGUAGUGGUAUUGGUGGGCUGACAGCUGGAGCCACACUGGCCAAAGCAGGGAAGAAGGUUCUGGUGCUGGAGCAACACGACCAGGCAGGAGGCUGCUGCCACACCUACAUAGAGAAAGGCUUCGAGUUUGAUGUUGGGCUUCACUACAUCGGUCAGCUCCAUGAGAACAGUCUGUUGCGUAUCGCCUUUGACCAGAUCUCUGAGGGCCAGCUGGAGUUCCAGGAGCUAAAUCAACAUUUUGAUACCAUCCACAUCGGCCUGGGCGAAGACAAACGAGAGUACACCAUUUUCUCUGGGAAAACUGAGAUGAAAGCUCAUCUCAUGAAGCAAUUCCCUGAUGACACUGAGGCCAUCGAGACAUUCUUCAAAAUCAUGAAGGUCUCAGCUAAGAAGACACACUAUCUGGCAACUUUAAAGCUGAUCCCUCAGUGGGUGUCUUUAUUCAUGCUGAAGUCAGGUAUCGCAAACCUCGUCUCCCCGGUCUUCCGCCUUUCUGGCACGUGUGCAACGGAUUUGGUGAACACCCUGACCAGCAACAAGGACCUCCAAGUCAUCUUCUCGUACCUUUUCUAUGGCGUACCUCCAAAGGACUCCAGUGUAUUGAUCAAUGCCCUCCUGAUUCAUCACUACAAACGAGGUGCCUACUACCCUAAAGGUGGUGCCAGUGAAAUCGCCUUCCACAUCAUCCGCACCAUUCAGAAAUACGGAGGAAACUGCCUGGUCAGAGCUCCUGUCUCCCAGAUCCUGGUAAACGAGAAGGGAGCAGCUUAUGGCGUGAAAGUGAGGAAAGGUCAGGAGGAAGUGGAGGUUCAUGCACCAGUGGUCGUCUCAAACUGUGGCAUCUUCACCACCUUCCAGAAACUUCUUCCACCUGAGAUUCAAAUCAAACACGAUAUCCAGGAGAGACUGAGCAUGAUGAAACACGGCAGAGGAUCAUUCUUGGUCUUCUCUGGCUUUGAUGGAACUGAGGAGGAGUUGGGCCUCACGCCCACUAACUUCUGGCUGUUCAAAAACAAUGAUAUGGACGAGUCGAUGGAAGACUUCUUUGCACUGAGCAAAGAGGAAGCACCAGAUAACAUUCCCAUGAUGUUCAUCACCAUGCCGUCUUCCAAAGACCCAGAAGCCAAAAUAAGACACCCUGGAAAAUCUUGCAUGACAAUAUUGACCAUGGUGAAGUAUGAAUGGUUUGAGGAAUGGAAGGACACUACUGUGCGCAAAAGGGGUGAUGAAUACUACAACUACAAAAUGAGAUUUGCUAAGAAGCUCUUUGACUGGGCCUGCACUCUGUUCCCCAGAAUCAGAGACAAGCUGGUUUUCCAGGAUGUGGCGACCCCACUGACCAACAUGCACUACCUGGGUGCCCAGCGUGGAGCCAUGUACUCCGCUGAGCACAACCUGGACCGUUUCCAUGCCGAGGCUGUGGCCAGGAACAGGUGCAACACCCCCGUCAAAAACCUCUACAUCUCAGGCCAAGAUGUGUUCAGCUGUGGGAUAGCAGGAGCUCUACAUGGUGGACUCCUCUGCGCCUCUGCAGUGUUAGAUCACAUUGUCUACAUCGACUUGCUCCUCCUCAAGAAGAAGCUGAAGAGGAGGAAAGCCAGAGAGCUGGCCCAGCUGGCUAAGAAGAAACUGCAGUGA